AUGGCUCCGCCAGCUCCCGGCCCGGUCCCCGGUGGUUCUGGGGAGGGUGAAUUGUUCGACGUGAAGAACGCCUUCUACAUCGGCAGCUACCAGCAGUGCAUCAACGAGGCGCAGCGGGUGAAGCUGUCAAGCCCAGAGAGAGAAGUGGAGAGGGAUGUCUUCCUGUACAGAGCAUACCUUGCACAGAGGAAGUUUGGCGUGGUCCUGGAUGAGAUCCGACCCUCUGCGGCCCCCGAACUCCAGGCCGUGCGCACAUUUGCUGAGUACCUUGCCAGCGAGACCCGCAGGGACGCCAUUGUGGCUGAGCUAGACCGGGAGAUGAGCAGAAGCGUGGACGUGACCAACACUACCUUCCUGCUCAUGGCCGCCUCCAUCUACUUCCAUGACCAGAACCCGGAUGCUGCCCUGCGUGCUCUGCACCAGGGGGACAGCCUGGAGUGCACAGCCAUGACAGUGCAAAUCCUGCUGAAGCUGGACCGCCUGGACCUCGCCAGGAAGGAGCUGAAGAGAAUGCAGGACCAGGAUGAGGAUGCCACCCUCACCCAGCUGGCCACCGCCUGGGUCAACCUGGCUGUGGGUGGUGACAAGCUGCAGGAUGCCUACUACAUCUUCCAGGAGCUGGCCGACAAGUGCUCGCCCACCAUGCUGCUGCUCAAUGGCCAGGCGGCCUGCCACAUGGCGCAGGGCCGCUGGGAGGCGGCCGAGGGCGUCCUGCAAGAGGCCCUGGACAAGGACAGCAGCCACCCAGAGACACUGAUCAACCUCAUUGUCCUGUCACAGCAUGUGGGCAAAGCCCCUGAGGUGACAAACCGCUACCUGUCCCAGCUAAAGGAUGGCCACAGGUCGCACCCGUUCAUCAAGGAGUAUCAGGCCAAGGAGAACGACUUUGACCGGCUGGUGCUGCAGUAUGCCCCCAGCGCCUGAGCCCACAGAGCCCACAGACGCCGCGCCGGGGCCUCCAGGCCUGCACCGCACACCGUCUUCCGGGCUGGGGUCUCGCUCCUCUCCUUUUCUGGCAAUAAACGUCUUGACUCUG